AUGGAUCGCUACAUAACAAGAGAGAGAAAAAUAAAUCCAAACCAGCCAGAGCAUCUCACGGGAAAUCAAAUGAUUGAGUUUUCACCAACUAGUGCAGGAAAUAAUAUUACUAUCUGUUUACUAGAGUGUUGGUGUUUAAAUAGGAAUCAACCAAUUCCUGGAUAUCAGUACACUGGAGGCAAUCAUAUGCAAAAUAUGGAGAUCCCAGGGAACAGUGCAUUUAAUAUGAAUCAAAAUCCAGGUGUUAUUUCUGGAAUAGAUCCCAGAUAUCAUGCAUCUUAUGCUAACAGCGGUACUAAUAUUGCCUCGGGGAUGCGUUGUCCGGAUUUAGCUAUAUAUCAACCCAGGCCUCAAAACAACUUGCCCCAAGAUAGCCUACCAUUCCAGCAUAAGAUUAAUAUUGAGCAUCUCACAAGAAAUCAAAUGAUUGAGUUUUCACCAACUAGUGCAGGAAAUAAUAUUACUAUGAAUCAACAAAUUCCUGGAUAUCAGUACACUGGGGGCAAUUUUACGCAAAAUGUGGACAACCUAGGAAAUAGUGAAUUAAAUAUGAAACAAAACACGGGUGUUAUUUCGGGAAUAGAUUCCAGAUAUCUAGCAUCUUAUGCUGAUAACAGCGCUUCUUAUAUUUCCUCAGGUAAGUUAGUAAUUAAUAAUAUUGUUGUCAUCAUAUAUUCAGAUUUAUUUAUUUGUACCAAAUUUGAAAUUAUCGUCAUUUUACUAUUAUUGGCUGAUAGAUGUCACUACACACUACCUCACUACACACAAGCGAAAAAGUCAAAAGAAAAAGAAAUGCAAUUGGAUUUGGCAAAUAUACCAAUAGAUGCAUUUGGUGAAUAUGAAAAUCGCAGAUUUAUCGGCGCGCAAAAGAUAGAUAAAUCUUUUCACAAGUCUGGGACGCGUUAUCCAGAGUUGGCUAAGUAUCAACCCAGGCCUCAACAGAAGGAAAACAUAUUUCCCAAAGAAAGCCUACCCCAGCAUAAAACUAAUAUUGUCAACACUAAAGCGCCAGAGCCUUCCACGUCAUCAGCAAGUUCGACGCAAAUUCAAGUUCAAAGUAAAUCUCGCUUUGAGUUACAAAAGGAACUUUAUAAACAAGGCCCAAGGAUAUUUUCCGGUCCUCUCGAAAUGGUUCUGAAAUGGCAUAAAAGUUUACAAGACAUAGGAGUAGUAAUCCUUUAUGAAAUCGUAGCCAAGUGUGUGAAUGUGAGAGCUGGCGAGUCGUGUGCCAAGAAUUUAGUUUUGAGAGAUGAAAAUGGUCCGGCGAUGCAGGUCGUCUAUUAUGAGAUAGACUUUCUUAUGCCUGAGAUUAAGCCGCCUUGUACUGUUCGUGUAAUUGGUCGAAUGUUAGCUGGCACAAAUCGUCUACAAGCGUACAGCGUGCGACUGGCAACAAGUGAUGAUGUUGCGACCAUGCCGCGUCGCACCGCAAUUGCAGCGCACCACGUUUCUAAGCUUUGCAAGGAAUAUGGAUUGAAAAAUUAA